UUUUUUACAGCUCAUGGGGCGCUGCUGUCCGUCACUCACCCGAUAGACAGGCGAAAUUACUUUACCGGCUCACCUCUAGCCUCCUAUUCAUUUAAUGAUGCGUGUAUAAAUCUAAGGGGUGUAGGUAGUAUUAGAAAUGAUCGUCAUUAAACGAGACGAGUCGUAAAACAAACGCACAAACAUGAUGCCAUAUUUUAUUGACAAGCUGCAGGCACGGAUACUGUGUUAAAUGUGUCUGAGAGACAUUUAUCCGUCCCCAUAGUCCUACUUCUAAGGUAACUAUAGAGUACUAGUCUGUGACGCAUCAACGCAACUUGCCCGGCCCGUUUUCUAUUUAUGUCGUAACAAAUAAUCGCACUUUGCCUUCGUUUCAUAAGCGACUGACAGUGCGCAUGCGCUACGGCUGCGGCAUCGCAACUGAAGAAGAAAAGUCAGCAGAUUGCCGUCGCCCAAUGACAGAGGACGGAAUGUUGCGCUACCAAAUUCCCGUCGACCAAUAGAAUUAAGGGGCUCUUAUGGAAUAAAUGAAUAGGUAUCUUCGCCGUUUCAGUCUCUGCGUCGUCGGAAGGGAAGGUUAGCACGGGGGAUCAAAUACACGCUGCAGCCUGGAAUUCCUAAACAGAUUGUUUUUGAUUUGGGGGAGACCAAGUCAUUGUUGACUUCUAUGUGAUAUAACCCUGCAAAGUGCUCCCAUCUUCCCAGCAGAGCUCAGUAGAGCCAGGAUCCCUGCAGGCGACAUCUAUCCAUUCUGCACUGACUGAUUACUUUAUAUACAGGCCUUACAAAAAUGACCUUCAGGGGCAGUCAGACUGUAUCAACGAUACUUGAAGAAAGUCCUUCCUCAAAACAGGAAUAUAUUGGGGCUGACAGAGGCAUGACAGAUGACAUACUUGAUACUACAUACAUUAAAAAAGUGGAUUCCAAGCCACCCAUUACAUUGGUUUGGAGGAAUAUAAUACUGAUGUCUUUGCUGCACUUUGGAGCAUUUUACGGACUGUUUUAUGUAUCUUCUGCAAAGCCCAUCACUUUGGCAUGGGCAAUUCUGUGCUUCUUGUUGAGUGCUCUUGGAGUGACAGCUGGUGCACAUCGUCUCUGGAGUCAUCGUUCCUAUAAGGCCAAGCUACCCCUUAGAAUAUUUUUGGCAGUUGUAAACUCUAUGGCUUUCCAGAAUGACAUCUUUGAGUGGGCACGAGAUCACCGUGUUCAUCACAAAUACUCUGAAACUGAUGCCGACCCACAUAACGCUGUGAGGGGUUUCUUCUUUUCGCACAUUGGUUGGCUUCUCCUGCGCAAACACCCCGAUGUAAUAGAAAAAGGGAAGAAGCUUGAUCUGAGUGACCUCAAAGAAGAUAAGGUGGUUAUGUUCCAAAGGAGAAACUAUAAACUUUCCAUACUGGUGAUGUGCUUCAUUCUCCCCACUGUGAUUCCAUGGUACUUCUGGGGCGAGUCGUUCUCUGUUGCCUUCUAUGUCCCUUGCCUCUUACGUUAUGCACUAGUGCUCAAUGCAACAUGGCUGGUGAAUAGUGCAGCUCAUAUGUUUGGAAACCGACCAUAUGACCAGACCAUCAAUCCCAGGGAGAACCCAUUUGUCGCUAUUGGAGCCAUAGGCGAAGGCUUCCAUAACUACCAUCACACAUUCCCUUAUGACUAUUCUACCAGUGAAUUUGGGAUAAAGUUCAACCUUACCACCGGCUUCAUUGACCUUAUGUGCCUGUUAGGCCUGGCUAGUCACUGCAAGAGCGUAUCCAAAGAGACCAUAAUGGCUCGGAAGAUGCGCACUGGUGAUGGGAGCCACAGGAGUGGCUGAAGAGAAGGGCUAUUUAGUCAAAGAUUAACAAAAGGCUGAGAGGAGAUAUUAAUUAUGAUUACUUUAAUACAACCCAGCACAGUGUUCUUUUCAAUUAUUUAAAGUAAUUAUAACUCCAUGUUUAAUGGCUCAUCCCUUGUUCCAUUUGCCUUCCUUUACAUAAUGUUGUUCUGAAACCUUUGUUUUGUUUGCUUUUCAGAUACUUUCUGCACUGUAUAGCUAUUUAUAUUGCUGUCUUUUUCUCUCUUCGUUUCUCAUUUGCAGUUGGUGUGUCGGUCUAUCACCAGACCCCCUACCUUCUGUAAAUGUUGUCUUAAGCACUGACCAAAACUCCAGCUCUCUCUUCAGAGGUAUUUGACUGUACUCAGGCUCUCUAAAACAGAAUGAAAUCUAAUAAGUGGACAACUUUCAGGUGCCAUUUUUAACAGUUUGUACAUAAAGGGAAAAAGCGAACAAGUUCUUUUUGUUUGUGUAACUAUUUGAUUUACUCUAACAAGUACAGAGUGUGGUUUUAGGCAGUUUAUUUUACAACUGGCAAUUUUUUGAGCCAUUGGUUGUGCUAACACUGAUGAGAUGAGUUUGCAUUGACUGCAGUUGAGGCAUUAACACAGGUCACAGGCAGUGCUCUAUGUAUGUUGUAGCUUUGUGGUUCCUAAGAUGGCAGAAAAUGGUUUUAAGAUGCGUGAAAAGCAGCCUGAAAGUCUCUUUCUACCCACAGAAAACAAAAUACCCAAGCCAUACAAAUAUAGUAGGCAUAAUCUUAUUUUAUUGGCUGUCACAUAAUACCCUCAGUGGUUAUCCAAUCAGAUUUGUUUCCUGCUGCAGAAUUUGUCAUCCGCAAAUACCAGCCAGAAAAUUAGGUAUCAUAGUAGGUUAAAAAUGGGAAUAUUUCUGAGGAAAAAUACUGUGAACAACAUAUAUUUAAAUCUAUCUAUAUUCAUAAUAUGCCUGGUGUGUUCCCCCCGCCUGGUAACAUAGUGUAGGUUUGGUGGAGGAAGUGCUAGUUUAGUUGACACCGUGCCCCACUGUAUGGGUUUCAUUUCCUUCUUUAUAUUUUUUUAGUUUGUGAGCAAUUUACAGAAAGAGGAAGAGCUUACGGAGCCAUGUCUGGGAUACCAGAUAUACAUUUGGGCUUGAUAGGAUGGAAUGUAGUGUAUAUUCUAAAUCUGAAAAAUCUGCAUUUACAGCUUAGGUUGUAUUGGCAUGCAUUACACUAGGAAUUGUAUAGUGGUCCUUUUUAGUAUGCCUGGAAUAUAUUUUCUUGAGGCUUUAGUUGCCCUUUUCAGUAUACUUGUUAAAUAAUUUUUUACAUUAUUAGAAAAUUUGGUAAAAUCUCAAUUUUAUUUUAUUACUAAAUUUUCCCAAAUAUGCUUAUAGAUCCACACAGAUUUAUUCCUAGGAAUUUGUUGCGGCAAGCUCGGUGUUGCCCCACACAUACUACCCUGCAGCACAGGGUUAUUCAGCAAAUUAUCUUAGGUUUUUCUGGGAGUAACAGGAACUGAACCCGAAUUCUUGCAAGCUUCACUUUGCCAAGGGAUUCUGAGAAUUCUAGUUAAACCAGGGGUGACAGCUCAAAUCAAUUAUGGGACUAUAAAAUAAGCUCCAUUGUAAAUUCUGGGGCAUUGUUGCCUUUUGAUAUACUGUAGUCAUAUUUUAAUGUACUGUAAAUCUCUGUAAUAUGAGGAAUAAUAUAAAUUGCACAAGUUUAUAUCCCAAAUGUUCUCUGGACUGGAAAACUGUGCAUAGGCAUACUACAGCAUCGCCUAUCAUAUAUAUCAGGCAGUGUCUGUGUAAAUAAUGCUUAGCAAAGUCUGGUCAUGGCCAAUAUUGAUACAGUGCAAGAAACAGUUAUUGCAGGUAUAGUCUUUGUAGAGUAUUUACUAACGCUCACUCAUACUGACUGAUUGGAGCUUUUGUCAUUAUUAUUUCUUUGUAUAGAGCUAAAUCACCCUCAAUGGCUGCUCUGAAAAUCAUAUGUAAGCACUCGUACAAGCGUUUCCCAACAUAAUUGUCCAUAUUUGCAAGCAAUAGUUGGUGGACAAGAACUUGCAUGAGGAUUUUAGGGGAUUGCCUAGCAGACAACGAUGGCAAUUUGCCUCUUGUAUUCUAAAAAUCAUGGGCACAAAAGUGCCCAAUAUUGCCCUAUGUGCUAUCGAUCAUUCUGUUUUAGUUUGGGGCAAAAUAUACCAAAGGGAAUUAAAAUGAAAUUAUGAUUUAAAUGGUUAGUUUCUGACUUGGGCAAAGCCCAGGGUGAGGAUGGAUAUUAUAUUCAAAACAACCCCUUUCUAAGCCUCUUCAAGUGUUUCCCCCAAAAUAAACACCCUUAGAACCCCACACACUAGCUGUCCCCCAAAAUAUAGUUUUGUUUUUUUUAAGAAAUAGUUUUAACAUUUUGCUGUUUGGAUGUAACGAGUGAGUAAUGUAGGUUGUGAACUGCUGUAAAAUAAUUCUAGAAUGUAAAAUUUGGUUUGCAGCGUUUUGAGGAGAAUUUGCAGUGAAAUAAAAUUGCCUUAAAGCUUUUUGAUGGUUCUGUUCGUAAGUAUGGAUGCGAUUGUAUAACAGAGGAGCACUUACACUGCAUUCAGAGGACAAAGAAAGAUUGCCCUUUUUUUGGUUUCACUCAAGUAAUUCCCUACUUUUACAUUUUCUCUAUGUAUGAACAUCAGCACUUAGACAUUAAGCACUUAUUUGGAAUUCUGUUAGGUGAUUACUGAAGCUUGUAAACUUUCCAUCACUUAAUUUGAAUUGUAUUUGUUCGUUAUUUCUGUAUAUAAACAGAAGUAAUCGUUAGUAGUUAGCUGGCCAUGUAAUAUAUUGAAGGCUUAAAUACUCUUGUCAUAUCAAAAUUAGCAUAAGGAGUUUAACGGUGAUACCAUAAACUAUGGCACACAGGACCUUUAAUUCAAAAGUACUGUAAGUAUCUCACUGCCUACAGUCACAAGCCAAGAGUUGAUUUUUGGCCUUUUUAGUCACUGCUUUAUAGGAUAUGAAGUGGUCUAAUGAAUACACCAUGACUGCAAGCAGGAUACUACUUACCCAUCACCUCAUAUAUUUGCUCCAAUCCAGUUUGAGCUAUGUACACAUACAAAUGCAUUUAAUUAAGCACUGUAACAAUGAAUGUUGUACCUGGUCCUGGAUGUUCUGCAGUAAGUAAGCUCCUCUGUACUUGACCUUUACUUUGAUAUGUUCCCAUUGCCAGGGCUCACUGCUUCUUGCAUGGCACUGGAGCUUUGUGCAUUGCCCUGUUUUGCACAGAACCUGUGACACUUGAUUCCUGGGAAUAUUAUUAUAAUAUUAUUGUUGAGUUAUCCAAUAAAGUUAUCACUUUUGUACCAUUUGCAAGAUCUUUCAUAUAACAAGAGUGUUGAGCUUUUAAUAUAUUUUAUAACAAGAGUGUUGAGCUUUUAAUAUAUUAUAGGCCAAACAUUUGAUUAUUUAAACCAAAUAUGUUUUGUUCAAGUGAAAUGCCAAAUAAAGGAUAACCAGACAAA